AUGCCUCGCAAUCACGCGGGAGCUGCGGCCUUAUAUAAAGUUGGCCUUCCCAUGGAGACUCUGAACGAAGAGCUACCCCGGCUGAGACUGGUCGAUUAUUAUCAUCGACUGCUGGUUGGUUUCAAAGAAUCCACCAAGCUACGGAAAUUUAUUUAUCGAGAGCCAGGAGACGCGCACGCCAUCUUAUUAGAAAAAAAGUGGGGACUGAACCAAGUUACUCAAACAGACGAAAAGACCAUGGGUGAUGAGGAAAGAGAAAGGCGUUCAAUGGUAGGAGCGCCUCCUACUGCUAGAAAGCCUCUACUCUCAUCGGCGAGACAUGCCCGGACACCAAGGGCCUCGGCAUCAAGACAUAGCGCUAAAAAGAAGCAAGAAGAAGAAUCGGAAGAGGAACGAGAAAGUGGAAGCGAACGACAAGAGAGCGAGGCAGGAGAAGGCGGUGAAGACGAUUCUGGUGCAGAUGAGCCAGCAGAGAAUGAAACACCUGGAAAACCAAAAAGAAAGCGUCGACGCGUUCAUCUCACAGACUACUCGGCUAGAAAGAAGCAGCGUGAGAAGGAGAAAGAGAAGCUGAAGAAAGCAGGUCUUUUUGAGGACCCUCAACCCAAGUCGGAAUCAGCAGAGCCGGAAGAGAAAAAGUCGACGCCACAACCAGAGGCGCCCGAAGUCUUGAUAAAGGCUCCAACUGUCAGCAAGCAGAAGAUCGAGGAUAAUGUCUAUGAGACUAUAACAGAGAUGCGUACCGAUGCAGAAUUGAUUGUAUCAAAUGCAUUAACUUACAACAAUCCCAAUACGGUUUAUCAUCUGGCUGCCACGCGACUUUCAGCUAUAGUGAAAUACUACUUUUCCGAGCAAUAUCUGCGGUACAUAUUUCAUACACUCCCCUUUGCUAACCAAAUACCACUUGAGAAAGCUGGCCUUGUACCUAUUGCUUUAACGACGCAUAAGGUGGAGAAUCGUCGUCGACAAGUUCUGAUAGAUGAUAUGACGGGUGAAGACUGUCUCAGAGCUGCUGAUCCCACCAUUCGGUCGAAACUUUCAGUUCGAUUGCCGAAUGCGAAGUUGGCCUUCCUGGAUAACAAGGAUGGUGCUACCGUUUUGAAUGUGAUUGGUGAGACAGAGAAGAAGGGCUUGAAGUUGGGCGAUAUUGUAGGACCAUUGGAGGAAGGCACACCAGGCAUGUUAAGUCUCGGAGAUCACAGGUUAUCGGGGCAAUCAAUGAUAACGUAUCUGAACUAUGGGCCUUUUUCAUCAUUCGCUCCUCAGUACGAUUCCACAUGGGCUACUCUCACAAAACGAGAUUCGGAUCUACUGUUGAGAACCUAUGGUGAUCGUUCUACUGUAGCAGAUGUGAUGUCUUUAAGGAAUAUGGUCAGCGACGCAGGCGCACAUUUUGUUAAGGUUGUUGAUGAUCUUCUUGAUACGUUGACAGAUGGUGAACAUUCGAGAGCAAUGGCGGAAUUGAGAAAAGAUGGCUUGGAAGACGUAAAAGCGCAAGAUACGGAGGAUCUUUCUGAACUGCUCUCUGAAGUGGAAUCGCUGGAAAAUCUGGGCGUUGAUGUGUCCUUCGUACAGGAUAUACGGGAAAGUCUAUCAGUUAGUAAGCCGACGGAUUUGCAGUCGCAACUUGAAGUGAGCGGGCGAGCCGUGCUAGAUUUAGCGCGGAUGCAGAACAAACGUCUUUCGCAAGUGCCACCGAUUACGCUUACGAAUGCUCCACCACCUACGGUAAUUGAGACGCAGCUAGCUGGUAAUGUUCAACGGCAAUUGGCCACACAGGUUGCAGCGCAUGUACCUCCAGGAGAAAUAGUUUCUGCUCCAGCCAUUCACAAUGCAAUUGGUAUCCAGGAUGAGUUGGACAUGGAUAUUUUUGGGGAAUUUUUCGUUACAUAG